AUGGAAGACACGUCUUCGAUAGCAAUUGCCGAUAUCUCUGCACUACAGUCCAAUAUUAAAAACAAGGGCACUAACAGCUAUUACUACGCACACAAGAAACGUGAGAAUGUUGAGAUUCAUGAAUGGGACGGCAAUGCCGCACCGCGGUUGCUAAAGACGCAGUCACUGGCGAUCUCUCCGGAAUCUGUAGAAGUGAUGGAAACCAUUGCCAGUUUUGCUUGGGCUGAUGGUAAGAAACAUGUGUCAGUGUACCUUAAUCUACCGGGCAUUGGCUCCCACUCGGAUGAGGGAACGCUCAUUGAAUGGACGGCCUCGAGUCUUACAGUGAAAAUCAAGAACUACGAAGGCAAGACACGUCUCUUUGUAGUGUCCAAGCUUAAUGACGAGAUCUCGGAUGUCAAGACCAAACGGAAGGAGGACCAGCUCGUGCUGCAGCUCGUCAAAGCCAAGGAGCUCAGCUGGCACUCGCUCAAGAAGGAGGCGUAG